GUAAAUGAUGAACACAAGCAACAACGAAGUGGUUCUGAAUAGCAUAAUCUCAACCCUAAGGAGCAAUGAGAACCCAUUACAGAGACUGCAACCCUUGAUUCCCCACUUGACCCUACCACUCAUAAUCUCAAUCCUCUCCUCGAAGCACCUCCACGCUCACCCAACCACCCUCCUUUCCUUCUUCAAAUGGUUCCAAACCAACGCACCUUCCCCUCUCUCCUCCUCCCCAGAACCCCUUCUCACCCUCCUCCAUCCCCUCCUCUCGCGCCACAAGUUCUCCGACGCCAAGUCCCUCCUCCGUAACUUCAUCUCCUCCGAUCGCCGCCACGCCCUCCACUCCCUCCUCCUCCACCCCAAUCGAAGCCUGCCCACCAUCUCAAAAUCUCUUCUUGACACCUCCAUUGGUGCCUACGUCCAAGCCGGUCAACCCCACCUUGCUUUUCAGAUCUUCAAGAAGAUGAAGCGCCUCCAUUUACGACCCAAUUUGCUCACUUGCAACACACUCCUCAAUGCCCUGGUUAGGUCCUCUUCCUCCCACUCUAUUCUCUUGUCUAGGCAAGUUUUUAAGGAUGCUCUUCAGCUUGGUGUCAAUCCUAACACCAACACCUUUAACAUAUUGAUAUAUGGGUAUUGCACUGAUAAUAAGUUCAAUGAAGCUGUUGAGUUGAUGAAUCGAAUGGGUGAGUUUAGGUGUUUCCCUGAUAAUGUCACUUAUAACACCGUGUUGGAUGCGCUAUGUAAGAGAAGUCAGUUGACCAAGGUGCGUGAUAUGUUGCUCGAAAUGAAGAAUAGCGGGUUGAUUCCGAAUAAGAACACAUAUAAUAUCUUGGUUCAUGGGUAUUGUAGGUUGAAAUGGUUGAAGGAAGCUGCCGAGGUUAUUGAGUUGAUGACGCGGAAUGAUAUGUUGCCGGAUAUUUGGACUUAUAAUACAAUGAUUAGGGGUUUGUGUGAUGAAGGGAAGAUUGAUGAGGCGAUUAAGCUUAGAGAUGAGAUGGAGAAUUUGAAAUUGAUUCCGGAUGUUGUUACUUAUAAUACUUUGAUUGAUGGAUGUUUUGAGCAUCGGGGCAGUACGGAGGCAUUUGAGUUAGUUGAGGAAAUGAAGGUAAAGGGAGUCAAGCCAAAUGCAGUGACUCACAAUAUAAUGGUUAAGUGGUUCUGUAAGGAAAGUAAGAUCGAUGAAGCAAGCAAUAUCAUAGUGAAGAUGGUGGAAAGUGGGUUUUCUCCUGACUGUUUUACUUAUAAUACUAUGAUUAACGGUUAUUGUAAAGCGGGAAAGUUGGGAGAAGCAUUUAGGAUGAUGGAUGAAAUGGGAAGGAAAGGAUUGAAAACAGAUAUUUUUACUCUUAACACCAUAAUACACACUUUGUGCUUGGAGAAGAAGCUUGAAGAGGCGUACGGGUUAGCUGUAAAGGCCGGGAAGCGAGGUUAUAUUCUUGACGAGGUAACCUAUGGAACUCUAAUCAUGGGAUACUUUAAGGAUGAACAAGAAAAUAAAGCUUUGAAGCUUUGGCAUGAGAUGAAGGAGAAGGGGAUUGUUCCUAGUGUUGUUACUUAUAGCACUGUAAUCAGAGGGCUAUGCCUGUCUGGAAAAACUGGUCAAGCCAUAGAUAAAUUGAAUGAGCUUUUAGAGAAGGGUUUAGUCCCCGAUGAAGCUACAUAUAACAUAAUUAUUCAUGGUUACUGCUGGGAGGGAAUGGUAGAGAAAGCAUUUCAGUUCCAUAACAAAAUGGUAGAGAACUCAUUCAAACCAGAUAUCUUUACAUGUAACAUUCUUCUUCGAGGACUUUGCAGAGAGGGCAUGUUGGAGAAGGCUCUUAAACUUUUUAACACAUGGAUAUCUAAAGGGAAGCCCAUUGACGUAGUUACAUACAACACAUUGAUAUCCUCCCUUUGCAAAGAAGGGAGACUUGAGGAUGCGUUUGAUCUUAUGACUGAAAUGGAGGCUAAAAAAUUGGGGCAUGACCGGUAUACUUAUAAUGCCAUCAUUAGUGCACUUACUCAUGCUGGUAGAGCUGAGGAAGCAGAGAAGUUGAGGUCAAAACUUGUAGAGACAGGGCAAGAUGUGAAAACUCAUGACACUUCCCAAGAGCUUGGUUCAGGUGAUAUGAUGUACUCAGAGCAAAUAAGUAAUUUGUGUACUCAAGGGAAGUACAAGGAGGCAAUGAAACUAUUUCAAGAGACGGAGCAGAAAGGAGUUAGUUUAAAUAAAUAUACAUAUAUCAAGCUAAUGGAUGGGCUCUUGAAGAGGCGAAAAAGCAUAUCGAAGGUUGCUUGAUCAGACUGACACAAUAAGUUGGCUAGGUAUUUAUUUUGGCAUUUGGAUUUAUGAUGCCCAUAAUGCUGAAUCAUGCUGUAGAGGUGGUGUUGUGAUGGCAUUUAAUGAUUUUAUUAUGACCCACUACAUAAACAACGUACCAGAAGAAGACAAACUUGUUGAUGUGGAAGAGCAAGAAGAAAGUGAUGCCGAGGCGAAAUCUGAACAAGGAGAAGAUGGAAGUUCAAGACAUGAUGACUUUGACAGUGCAGAAGAUAGUAUAUAUAAACCACCCCCAAAUGGCGACAUUGACACAGUAGAGGCUUGAUGUCAUGGUAGGAAUAAAGGUAAAGAGCUUGCAUGUGAGAUUUUGAGGUGCCUCCUAGUACACCUAAAACGUUCCAUAAUAAAGCAAACAAAACAACAAUUGGUAUCAAUCCAGAAAAAAGAAUAGAAGAGAGCACACAUCAAGGCCAGUCAGACCUACUAGACCUGAAGGUGGUGUUAACCCAUUGGGGGAUGAAUACGAGUAAGUUUGUCAGCCUAGUUGACUUUGAUGAGGAGGAUACUGCUACGACUGAGAAAUACCCUCAGUUUAAGGAUGAAUAUAAGUAUGGGGAUGUUGUUAUUGACUUCGAGAUGGAGUGCAACAGUUUAGGGGUGUUUAAAAGUGCCGUGAAGGACUGCAAAUGGCAAAUAUAUUUGGUGAAAAAAGGGUAAUGGUCAGAGCAAGAUACAUUCUCGCCUGUGCAGCUAUCAUUAUUCAUCUGUUCUCAGUUAAAAGGAUUUUUUGGGAGAGGUUUACUCACUUAAUGUGAUCUUCCGCCUCGAAAGGAUUAGUCUUCAGCUGGAAGAUACCUAUGGAAACAAAAAUAAAUAAAAAUUGCUUUACUCGUUAAAAUUCCAUGUAUAAACUUUGAGCUCCAUUGCAAAUUUAACUGAUCCAACCAGCUUCUCAGGUUAUAAAGCAGAUGUUAAAAUGGGAAAUCUGGCUCCCAAAACAGAGUUUGAUAUUUCCUCAACCUUUUAUGGGUGAGAAAUAAUUGUAGAAUUUUCUUUCAUUAAAUGAUGAUUUU